UGAUGCACUGUCUGCAGUGCCUGCUCGUCCUCUCGUGACAUCGCCCUUUGUCUCGACAGCGCUCCUCUAAUCGACGUAAAGCGGGAAAUCCACGGUCAGCGACCAGGAAAGAGACGGAGAGAGAGACGGCGCUUUAAAUGGAACGGCGAUCUUCAAUGGAAGACUUCAGCUAGCAAAAAUGUCAACCCGGUCGCAGCUCACGAAGGAUUUAAACGAAUCGGUGAAAGCGUUACUUGGCAAGCAUGUGAAAAUACUGUUAAAAAACGUGGUGAAAUUAGAAACGAAGCAGGAUAAACAGGAAAAUCGUGUUCUCGUAUUUUCGCCAUGUCGCCUCUUUCUCUUAUCGGCCAAAGUACCCACAAGAAUCGACUGCCAUUUUCAUUACCUAGAAAUAACGGCCAUAGAAUCGAGAAGAGCCAAUCAGCUAUGUUUGACAGUUGGAGAACGAUUUUACAACUUUACUACAACCAGUAUAGGCGCGGACACCACGGAAGUGGAUGCCAUGAUAGAGGCCUUACAUACGGCAAUUCGAAAUAUCUUUCCUACAGUACCAUUAAAUUACAUUAUACGAAAAAUAGAAGUUAUACCAGCUAGCAGAUUGCAAAGUAUACGAGGGAGCGAGUUAGCUAGAAGUACAGAAGCCACAAGACAUACAGGGCCGUGUGGUGGUUUUUCUACUCAGUAUGCAUGCAUGUGUGAUUUGCACAGCGUACCAUACAGGGAGGAGGUGGCAUGGGACGUUGAUACAAUAUAUCUUUCACAUGACACCAGAGAACUGAAUCUGAGAGACUUUGACCAUUUAGAUCAGAAGGAUUUGGUGCCAAUUAUCUCGGCCUUGGAAUACAAUACUUGGUUCACGAAAUUAAGGGCGUCUCAUCUCAAAUUAAGUCACGAGCCUCUAGAGAGAUUGCUACACGUUAUGCGAAGAUCUUUAUCCAUUCAAGAGCUCUAUCUAGAUAAUCUCGGGAUUAAAUGGGAUUUCGCUCACAAGCUGUCAUUAGCCCUAAUUUCUAAUGCUAAUACGAUGCUGCAAACAAUAGAUCUAUCGCACAAUAUGAUUGAGGAUAAAGGAGCCUCUAGCUUGUGUGGGAUAAUAGCCAAGUUAAUGCAAGGUGCUACACAUCUGAGCGGUCCUAUCGGCAAGUUGCCUAAAGGUUUACAGAAAUUGAAUUUGGCCCAUUGUGGAUUAACCGGAAAAGGUGUAGGUCAAAUAGCACACGCGUUAAGUUUAAAUAGAAGUAUGCCGACUAGCUUGCGAUAUCUGAAUCUUUCAGAGAAUACGUUGAAAGAUGACGUUAAUAGUUUGUGCAAUUUCUUGGCGCAACCUAAUAGCUUAACACACUUGGAUCUUAGCGGUACAGAUACUACUUUAGAGUGUCUGUUUGGUGCAUUAUUACGGGGUUGUGCAACUAAUCUAGUCCACCUGAAUGUUGCCCGAAAUUCUUUUUCGAGCAAGAAAACCAAAGAGAUACCUCCGAGCUUUAAACAAUUUUUCACGGCAACUCUCUCGCUGAAGUACUUAAAUAUAUCUUCGUGCAAACUACCGUUGGAGGCAUUGAAACAUCUCCUACUUGGCUUGGCUUGCAACGAAAGUACAGUCGGCCUAGAGCUUGACAUGAGCGGAAAUAAUCUGGGUUCCAUGGGUGCGCACGUUUUGGAGUCGUGCAUUCACGGAGUUCGAUGUAUAGCGUCGUUGGAUAUAUCGGAUAGUAACAUGGACGUCGAUUUGGCGCAAGUUAUAACGGCCAUAGGUAAAAAUAAAUCGAUCAAGCAAUUGUACAUGGGACGCAAUACCGCCAGUAUGAAGAGCAAACACAUAGCUGUCGUGAUGGACGCUCUGGUGCAGAUGCUUCAGGAAGACGACUGCGUGCUUCAAGCGUUGCAUCUGCCCGACUCGAGGUUAAAGAGUGAUCUCUAUAACCUGAUCAACGCCCUUGGCAGCAACACGUGUCUUCAUACCUUGGAUAUUAGUGGUAAUCAGAUAGGGGAUCCUGGCGCAAGGUUGCUGGCGAAAGCGUUGCAAAUCAACAAUCAUUUACGGACUAUUAUAUAUGACAAGAAUAAUAUCACGCUGCAAGGCUAUGCUGAUAUCGUUCACGCUCUAGAGAAAAAUUGUAGCGUGCGGCAUAUGCCAUUUCCGAUUUACGAUCUGCAGCCUUGUAUGAAGACUUCCGCGGAGAAAACGGAGCAAUUAGGCAAGAAGAUACAGGAUCUGCUGCAGAGAAACGUCACACCGUGCAAGUACAGCCACGGGCAAGCGUUCAGAUUACAGCAAGGAUUUCUAUUGAGCUCCACGCAACAGAUGGUCGACAGACUCGUUGUUCAAACCCAGGACACCAUCAAGACCCUCGCGGCGGAGAGCUGCGACGCCAACAACGACAUCAAUUACGCGACCGGACUUAUACAAGACGCAGACAAUUCUAAACAGCUACUGCCGAGAUUACACGAGGUGCUUCAAAGACGAGACGAAAAUAAUCCGAUUGAGCUAAAGUUACACGAUAUGGCGAAUGAAAUUCACAAAGUUGUGACGAUGUAUCUACAGGAUUCUUUGGACGCGAUGUUGAAGUGCGCGAACGAGCAAUGUCCCACUAUACUUUCGCAAACGGUCAUCAGGGGCGAUGAGAGUGAACCGAUCGCAGUACAGGAUGAUCUUCGUAAUAUCUGCAAAGAGAAAAAUCUAAUCAACAAUGAAUUCAUCCAUACUACCGUUACCGAACAAGCUGGCGCGGAUAUUGUUAACAGAGUCAACGAGCUUAACUUGGCAGUUGCGGCGCAUAUAUCCGACAGAAUUACGGACGAGGUAAUCGAGUCAUUGUCAAGAAGUUAUAAGACUCUGAUUGGCGAUUGCGAUAGUCGAACAAGGAGCAGUACACCAGACGUUUUACGACCUAGCGCCGGCUCGAUGAGCAGCGGAAGCGUGAUAGGGGUAACUAGCGCGAGCGGCGUCUCCAUGACUCUACCUCCCGGCAGAUCCAGUCUCGUAUCCGAAGAGGAAACGCCGGAAACGUGUUCGUUGGCAAAUUCAAUUGGUCCGUGCAUCAACGAUCAAUCACCAAUGAAAUUGGAUUAUCUUAAUCUGGCGACUCCACAUUUGUCGAACAAACGUAAAAGUCUGCAUGGAAGGAAAUUGAGACCUAAGUCCGUGGUAGAUUCGGUGGAAGGAUUGUCCGCCGACGAUAUUCCGGAUCUCUUACCGUCGUUGCCGAAAAGUCAAGCAGAAGCUAUCUCAGAAACCGAGCACUCAUUGACAGAGUCGUUAGACUCUGUCUCGGAAUUGCCCAACACCGUGGGCCAGCAGUUGCAACAUCUGGUAAAGUCUAGACCGCGCAGAACGAAAACGCGUGCGCCCACAAGACCGAUGCUGAGACCGGAUCAACCCAUCGACGGUCUCGCUCUGGGCGAGGGUCUCGAUGUAUUUUUCCGACCCACUACACCGACCACGCCUUUGAUAUCGCCUACGAGUGACGACAGCUCUCUACAUACUUUUCCAACGGACGGCAGUCCUAAUUUAUCAUUGACCAGUCACAAGAGCAUUCCACCCGAUAUGGAGAAGAAGCACAGUUGUAACUCACCGAUGCUGAAAACGCUUCUGGAACCCGCGCCGCGCUCCCGAUCCAGCGAUAACUUGGAGAAAUUUUCCCCCCUCGUUGGCAGAAGAUCUCAAGGCGAUUCUCCGCUGACCGCGUCGCCGCUCGCCCGAAGAAAUACGACGGACAGUGCUCACGAGAGAUCCAAAACUGAAGCUCACGCAAAGGAGGCUUGCAAUAACGUCCUGAAUGAUGCGAGCGAUGAUUCUAAACGUUACAUGCCCACAGACGCCUCUGGCAUGAGUCCGCGUGGCUCACACGACAUUAAUGACUUUGGAAUGAGCUCGUUGGAGAAAGACCAGGAAAAUCGUAAAAGUGCCGUGAAGAAAUCCACGGCCGACACGGAUAAAUCGACGUCCGUCAAGCUACGAUCGACCGGUCAUGAUCUGAGAAGUCCUAUAAACGGUAGCAGCGGGGGUGGUGGUACCAAGAGUACGUCCGAUUCGACCAAAUCGCCGAUAUUAAAACCGUUGGUGAAGAGUAGCGGGUCUACGAGCGACGGAAAGAGCAACGGCGCGCUUCUGAAAAAUAAACCGACUCCACCAGCGACGGCGCCUAAGCCGCGACCGUGGAGCAUGGCAACCGAUCGGAAAUCCGGAGAAUUUAGUCUAUUAAGCGACGGCUCCAGUCCAAACACCUCCGCCGGCAAUACACCCGAUUCCGGCGAUGCUCUCGACGAGUCAACUGACAGCGGUGUCAGCGGGCCGGCUUCUUUGCCGCCGACGUUAUCGGCAAGUAGCACUGCGAGCUCGUUGAGCAACACGAGCGUCGAGAAGAGAUCGGUGAGAGAAUUGGCGGCGAGCUUGAACAAGAGCAAGGCGGACAAAAAGGAGAACGAGCAUACCGCACCUACAGCAUGGCGGUCGCUGCUUCAACGUUCUGUCGACCGAGCAGAUGCCAAGGUAACGGAAGUGCCGAAAAUGGUUGAGGAUAAUCGUCUCAGUUUUAAACUUCGUCGCACAUCAUUUUUGCGCGAUUCAAAUUUCAACUACAACAACAACGAUGUGGUCGAUGUUUGAUCGCGCUCUGACAGAUGAUCUACAUUACGUUAUCCCGCUAAAAGUAACAUAUGUUGACGCCGAUAUAUCUGGCACACGAGGUAACUUUUCGUCUUUCGUGCCAUAAAGGAAGUCUUAAAUUGUGUACAUAGGUAUAUAUAAAUAUAUAUAUAUUGACCGAUAUUUUAACUUUAGAGACAGGGUACUGAAAGUUUUUGCAGAGACUAAAGUACUAAUCUCUCUCUGCUGUUAAGGUGUGGCAUUAGAGAAUCUUAUACUAGUUUUAUACGCGACGUUUGCAUUCUUACGCAUUUCUAUUUCGACUUGGUCGUACUCACGUAUUAUUAUCCAUAUACGCUUCGUUAUGCAUUUCGUGUGUAUCAAGCUCUUAAUUAUUUUUGAUUGCAUUUCGAAAUUUUUUUUAAAGAUAUUGAGACAAUUUUCGGUCAAAGUAAGCAUCAUUCCUCAGACAGAUUCUUAGCGAGCAGUGCGUUACACGAUGAUAUUAGCAAAAAAAAGUAUACUUUUGUAUCCUUUUGAAGUUUUCAAUGUGUGUAUAUAUUUAUAUAUCAUUUGUCCAUCCAUUUUAAUAGCGCGAGAAUGUCUAGAAUAGACGAAGCCACAUCACAGUUUUAGCGAAAGAUAGGCUGAAUCGAUUUUAUCCAAAUCGUAUAGAGAACGUUGCGAGUAGCGGCAACUAAAACUAGCACAACACGUUGCGUGCUAAAAGCGUAGAUGUCUUCCAAGAGAUCGUGUAACAAGCCGUAAUUAAUGACAUCUCGUGCACAUGUAUUCUUUGUUUGUGAGUGAGAAUAACGUCCACGUUUUGACUCAUAUUUUUUCAUCAUGCGCGACAUGUCUUUAAUCUGUGAUUAAUUUGUAGAAAUAUUUACGCGAGAUCUUAUCAUACAGUAUAUAAUAUGUUUUUACCAUGUAUAAAAAGAAAAUUAAUCUUAAACGAAUCCUUUUAUUCGAUGAAUUUUCAAUGGCAGCUUUUAUCGUAUUUAUUACUUAUCUGUGCAGCUAAUGAUGGAAUUGAUGAUGUAUAAAACGACAAACUCUUUAUUUUGUCGCGUACAUAGAUGUGUCUAUGUCCAUUAUUUUUAUUAUAUGGAAGCUCUAAAACUGAUCUCUCAACUUUUAACAUCGUGAUAUCUCCGAAAUUUUUUUCACUGCGAGAAUUGAAAUUGUAACAAAUGGAUAAAGCGCAUUAAAAUAAUCAUUGUAAACGUAGAAUUGAUCGUGGAGAUUUUGUAUAUGCAAUCAUAACUCGCGUUUUCGACACAUAUUGUGUGAUAAAGGAUAUAAAAUUCUAGAUAUAUCUCGUCGUUCAAUUGAAUAAGACUAACAAUAUGCGAAAUUAUCUAUCGGAAUCUUUCGUGCUGCGAAUUUCGAAAGCAUUUUUUGUAAUAAAAAAAAACGAACAAUUCUUUACAAUUUUGAUGAUAGAUUCUCAGUACGAUUUAUAUAAUCCUCGUAUCUCAAAGAUGCAUUUGUUCUUUUGUAUUGCGACAAACGCGUGUACAUAUAUAUGUAAAAAAAAAAUAAAAUAAAAUAAAGAGGACUUACGCAUAAGUGAAUAAAAAAAAUAUGCCCGUAGAAAAUCCGCGAUCAAGGAGAUGCGACGUGAAAAGAAAGAUCUCGGAAAAUCGUCUUGUGAAUUUUUUUACCGCUUAACUGUUAUCACGCGUAUAUAAUAUUGGUAUCGAUCCCUUGCUACAUAAGACAAUGUGAUCACAAUUGCAGUUUAUCAUGACAUGUUUAUUAAACAGGGAAUAUUCUUCCCUUCUGACAAGUAUUAAAGCAUCGUAUUGAAAGAAAAUUUGCGUGUAUACGUCUGUGUGUGUAUGUGUGUGUGCGUGCAUGCGCGCAAAACAUAUUUAUAUCGACGAAACGUGAAAAAUGUGAUCGUUAACGUAUGCGCGACAACGCUAUAUACAUCUACGGAUCUACAUAAGACGUCUUUGAGCGUAGAACUGUUGGUCCUAAAAACGCGCGUACCUCUCUUAACUACGUAUACAUAUAAUAAAUUAAGAAAGGACGCGUUUAUUGUCGCUAAAAUCUUAUAUGGUCUACUAGAUAAACGUAAGAAAGUUUCGUAUAUAAUAUCUAAUCCGCGACUCUAGCGAGAGGCGAAGCUAAGAACUUAUAAGAGCGUCUUGCGAUAUGUAUUUACUUUUAGGCACGCACAUUUCUGACGAUUUAUUGGAUCUGUCUUGGGGCAGAAUAUUCCUGCAGUCUCGUGUAACCGACUAAAAACUUACACAUAUAUUAUAUAUAUAUAUAUACACACAUUUACUGUGUGCGUUACAAAUGAUUUUUAUAUACAAUAUAUACGUAUGCGCGAUAUAUUAUCUUUUAUUAUAAGGAAACAAGUGUGUAUUUGCGGAAGGAAAAAAAUGACGUUCUGUAAAUGACGCGUAUAAAAUGACUCUGCCGAGUAUUGUGCCAAAAAGUCUAUACAACGCACAUUGUUUAUACGAUGAAAAAAAAAAAAAAUUGUCAUACGUUUCAUUCUCGACAAGCUUCUGCAUCGUUUAUAGUCGCAUUGUUUGAUUCUUGCCUGCGAAUUAUUCGUAAAUAUAAUUGAAUAGCAUUGUAAAUAUAACUGAGGAACUAGCGAUUCGCCUCUCAUUCCAUAACGUUACUUACUAAUGAACAAAGUUGCAUUUUUACUCGUAUAUAUGUGUGUGUAUAUAUCUAUGCACACUAUAUAUAUAUAUAUAUAUAUAGAGAGAGAGAGAGAGAGAUAGCGAGAGAGAAAAAGAGAAAUCAUGUGCGUGUGCGUAAUGUGUGUGUACCGCGUGUGAUUUAGCGUGUGAUAUAUAUCAUAUAUAUUUAAAUCUUCCCCGAUACACACAUUCCUGUAUACAUAUACGAGACAGAGAUACAUUCUAUAUACAUACAAUGCGAAGAUACACAUGACCGAUAUAUAUAUAUAUAUAUGCCGAAAUAUAUUGUAGAUAUUAAUAUCACACAUCACAGAAAUGCGCAAUUGACGAUGUUAACAUUUGCAGUCUAUUUUGGUGGACAGCUUAAUAGAAGCGCGAUAUAAUCCGUUAACGAAUAAAAUAAAAACUCGUAUCUACACAU